AUGACGAGAGAUGAGCCCUCGCGAUUCAGCUCAGUGACGAGCGCGAGCACCGAUAGCAACGCCUCCGACCUCACCGUCAAGCCACUGCCCGCUAUCCCUAGGCCAAAGGACAGGGACAGGGACAAAGGAAAUGCACAACCAGCCACUCAAGGCUUCUCCUCCUCCUCCUCUUCCUCCUCCAAAGGCCCGCGCAAGGCCACCCCGAGGCUAAAGACAGACGAGAAUGGGAACCUAGUCAAGUCCCUCAAAGACUCUAGAGACGCCGAGUCUCAGCCGCAGAUCUCGCCGACGUCCAGGCAGCCCAACGCCGCCCUUGCCCGUACUUCUUUGUCGCCGGGCCCUUCAUCUUCCAAUGCCGUACACAGAAUGAGCGACUUUGCCAAUUACCGUCGCGACCUUGCUGUUCUCGAGCCCGCCGGGAGUCGCGCCCCACAGAUCGUGCACAACCCCCCCUCGACGGCCUCUUCUUUCAUGCAACAGGUUGCGCCCUGGAUGGUAGGUGGAAGUAGCAGUAAUGGCAACAACCCGUCCGUCUCCCCUCCGGCCAACGGCUCCGGCGUCAUGGCCACUACCUUCUACAACGACUCCAGCGACAACCUCUCGUCCGCUUCGCAGAUGUCUCCCGCCUUUCGAUCCGCUUCGGUCAGUGCGGCGCGCCCCACGCAGAAUCCCACCGGCAGCGAAUCACCCCCAGCCGAGAGCGCAUCAUCUGCAUACUACAACGAUGAAAGGAGGCCCUCCAUCGCCAGUGUCACAACAACUGCGAGCAGCCAGGCCUCAAAGAACAGCGGCCAGAGAGGAGGGGGCCUGAGGAAGCUUCAGGGUUUCUUUGGCGAGGAAUUCCCCGGUCGAGACUCUUCAGAGACCUCCUUACCGCCUUCCUUUGCUGGAAAGGAGACCCGCUCACACUCGUACAGCCACGCAUCUCGCCCCCAUCGCGACCGCAACUACUCAAACGCUACAGACCAUACCCGAGAUGCUUCACCAUCCUCAUCUAGGCCAAGGACACCAGUGCCAGCACCUGAAGUCGUUCCGUUUCUCUAUCAGGAGGCUGAGGAUAUCGCGCGCUACGGCGAAGCACCCGUCAGGGGUGUCCUCGCCGGCCCUGACCGUGAACGCUACGCCGCAGAGAACGGUUCCCAGAACCCCCCAAAGACCUCCUCGUCCAGCCGCUCCGGUCACUCGAUAGUGCAAGGACAAGGAGCAUCGCACCGACACAAUAGAAGCAAUGACGAUCCCCGAGCCCUGCGGCCAUCGAUAAGCAGGGAAGAGUCGCAGGUCAACGCCGCCAGCACGUCAAAGGGCGGUGCAAACGCGAUGUACGGCUCCCGAUCCCGCGCGCAGAGCCCCACGCCCAGCGGCCACAGUAGUGUUGGGAUGAAGAAUGGGGCCGUCGACGGACCUGCAUCGCCGGGACACACACACCAGAAGAAAGGCCUCUUCAACAGAUUAAGAGGCAAGAAAGAGAAAGACGACCUCGGUCCACCGCUCAGCAAGAAGCUCUCAACUUCGACCCAGUCGCUCGGAUCGACAUGGAUGCCCAGACCUUCGGUAUCGCGCCAGGACGUGACGAAGGACGACGGCCCCUUGCCAUAUGGCGAGAGGUGGUCUGCCAUCGGUCAAGAGCUUCCCAUCGAGCCCCAGCAGCGCACACGGCCAGACAAUGGGCGACAGGCAACUUUCAACAACAAGUUCCCUUUUUCCAAGAAAACCCGACCCAACAAACAGCUCGACGACGCGGAAGACUUCAUUGGGCCGACCGACCGAUCAAACGAAAAGGGGACUUACUUCAAGCUUGAUACUGACCUAGACGACAUGUCAGGCAUUGUGACCCGACACGCACCACUCACGCCGAUGGCCCCAGGUGUCAUGACCAACAACGAAGCCGAAAGAGUCCAGGCACAGGCAAAGAAUGGUGUCAACGGGGUGUGGAACGCGCCAGACAGCUGGGCAGUCCGUAAGACGGAGCAGGACGUGCCGUCUCAUGCAGCAGAGCUCGAGGACGUCGGCAAUCCACCUAGGCCCGAAGAGAAACUCACGCCGUACUGCAUCCGGGUCUUCAGAUCAGAUGGUACCUUUGCAACAUUGCAGAUGGCUAUAGACUCGUCUGUCCAAGACCUCAUUGGCCAAAUCAUCAAGAAAUCAUACGUUACGGAAAGCCUCGACAACUACCACAUCGUCCUCAAGAAGCAUGACUUGGUCCGCGUACUCAAUCAAGUUGAGCGUCCUCUUCUCAUUCAGAAGAGGCUUCUCCAGCAAGUCGGCUAUGAAGAACGGGACAGGAUCGAGGACAUUGGCCGAGAGGACAACAGCUAUCUGUGUCGCUUCCUCUUCCUCUCAGCCAAGGAGAGCGAUUUCCACGCGAAAACUCACGAUCUUGGCUUUGGUCGGAUGCAAAAGUUCAACCACAUCGAUUUGGCGGGUCGAAACCUCAUCACUAUUCCCAUCUCGUUAUACUCAAAAGCUGCCGAAAUCAUUUCUCUCAACCUGUCGCGGAAUCUGUCCCUGGACCUACCCAGAGACUUCAUCCAUUCCUGCGUCAAUCUCCGUGACAUCAAGUACAACAACAACGAAGCCCGCAAGCUGCCGCUUAGCUUUAGCCGUGCCAACAAGCUCACAUAUCUUGACGUCUCGAAUAAUCGAUUGGAGCAACUUGAGCACGCAGAGCUCAACGGGCUCACGGGCUUGUUGAAGCUAAAUCUGGCCAACAACAGGCUGAAGCAUCUGCCUCCUUACUUCGGAGCUUACCGACAGCUGCGAACUUUGAACAUUUCUUCGAACUUCCUCGAAAAGUUCCCGAGCUUUCUUUGUGAUCUGGAGAGCUUGGUGGAUCUCGACAUGAGUUUCAACCUGAUCAUGAAUUUCCCAGCCAACAUCGGCAGUCUCAAAUCCUUAGAGCGCCUCGUCAUCACCAACAACAGACUCUCUGGCGCACUUCCUGACUCAUUCAAGAAUCUGCUGAGUCUGCGAGAGCUCGACGUGAAGUACAACGCUAUCUCAGCUAUCGAUGUCAUAUCCGAGCUCCCGAAGUUGGAGAUCAUGACAGCAGACCACAAUGCUAUCUCGCAAUUCAUCGGAAACUUCGAGAGACUACGAAGUCUCAAGCUCAACGCAAAUCCGAUCACCAAGUUCGAGAUCACCUCUCCUGUGCCGACACUCAAGCUUUUGAAUCUUUCCAACGCGCAACUUGCGAGCGUUGAUGAUUCCUUCCAGAACAUCUUGAACCUUGAGCGGCUUGUUCUCGACAGAAAUUAUUUUGUGUCGCUUCCUCCUCAAAUUGGCAAUCUGCGCCGCCUGGAACAUUUCAGCAUUGCGAAGAAUUCCAUUGGGGAGUUGCCACCGGAAAUCGGCUGCCUUCAAGAGCUGAGAGUGCUCGAUGUCCGUGGCAACAACAUGAGGAAAUUACCCAUGGAUAUCUGGUGGGCAAAUAAAUUGGAAACACUGAACGCGUCGUCGAACGUGCUGGAGUCGUUCCCAAAGCCAGCCUCUCGACCACCGCAACCUCCUGGCGAGCCGGCGUCUGCUGCUCCUUCAAUAACGUUGAAGCCGAGUUCCUCCGGAGGCCUGAGCCCGUCUCCUAGCGCGGAUGACCUAUUACCUGACGGGACGCGCCGACCAAGCCAAGCUUCUAGUACGCUCUUGAGUGUUGGGCCAUCCCCAGUGCCCGCAGGACCGGAUCGCAAAAGUUCAGUGGUGUCGGUGUAUGGCAAAGGCGGUCGCAAGACGUCUGUCAUGUCCAGAACCACCACAAGUCAGAGUAACACUCCCGUGCAAACCCCCAUGCCAACUUCACGCAAGGACUCCGGCCUAUCCUCUCGGUUGACAAAUACUUUCGCCGGUUCGAUGAGGUACCUCUACCUGGCGGACAACCAGCUCGACGAUGAUGUUUUCGACCAGAUAACUUUGUUGAGCGAACUACGACUUCUUAAUCUCUCCUACAACGACCUGAGCGAUAUGCCCCAGAGAUCGAUCAAGAGUUGGCCGCAACUCGUGGAACUAUACCUUUCUGGCAACGAGCUAACCACACUUCCUGCCGACGAUCUGGAAGAAUUCAAUUCCCUCCAGGUUUUGCACAUUAACAGCAACAAAUUCACAAAUCUGCCCGCCGAUAUUUCCAAGGCGAAAAAGCUGGCGGUCUUGGACUGUGGAAGCAAUUAUUUGAAAUACAACAUUUCAAAUGUGCCGUAUGACUGGAACUGGAACCUCAACCCCAACCUGAGGUUUCUCAACCUCUCCGGUAACAGACGCUUAGAGAUUAAGCAGACUGUGUUUGGCGCUGCGAAUGCGAACCGUGAGCAGUAUACCGACUUCAGCCGACUGCUCAAUCUUCGCGUUCUUGGUUUGAUGGAUGUUACUCUGAUCCAGCCGAGCAUUCCUGACCAAAGCGAGGACCGUCGAGUCCGAACAUCAGGGUCGUUGGCCGGGUACCUGCCAUAUGGCAUGGCAGAUACUCUCGGGAGGAAUGAGCACCUCUCAACCAUCGACCUGGUUGUUCCCCGCUUCAACGCGGCAGACACCGAGACGUUGCUUGGUCUUUUCGAUGGCCAAGCCCUUUCCAGUGGAGGCUCUAAGAUUGCCAAGUAUCUCCAUGAAAACUUUGGUCACAUAUUCUCGAUGGAGUUGAAAGCGUUGAAGACAAGACUGAACGAGACACCCGUCGAUGCGAUGCGCCGAGCAUUCUUGUCCCUCAACAAGGAUCUGGUAACCAUCGCAAUCCAGCAUACGGAAGACCGGCCUCUGACGGCCCAUCGGGGGUCGGCACAGCCAGUUGUGCUCAGUAAGGAGGACCUCAACUCUGGUGGUGUAGCUACAGUCGCGUACCUUCAGGGGCAGGAACUCUAUAUUGCCAACGUUGGUGACGUGCAAGCCAUGCUCAUCCAGUCUGACGGAUCCCACAAAUUCUUGACCCGCAAACACGAUCCGGCCGAGCCCAGCGAACGAUCCCGCAUUCGAGAUGCCGGUGGCUGGGUAUCUCGAAACGGAAGGCUCAAUGACUUGCUCGAAGUAUCCCGUGCCUUUGGAUAUGUCGACUUGAUGCCUGCAGUACAGGCCGCACCACAUGUUUCACACAUGACUGUCAAGGAGCAAGACGAAAUCAUCCUGAUAGCCACGAAGGAGAUCUGGGAGUACUUGCCUCCGGAACUGGUUGCUGAUAUCGCACGAGGCGAGCGCCAUGACCUCAUGCGAGCGUCGCAAAAGCUUCGAGACCUCGCCAUGGCGUACGGGGCAACGGGGAAGAUCAUGGUCAUGGUGAUGAGCAUCGCAGACCUGAAGAAACGGAACGAGAGAUCACGUCUUCAUCGUGGUCAAAGCAUGUCCUUGUACCCAUCCGGCAUCACGGACGACAUCCUGCCGCGGGAGCCGAGGAAGCCAAAACGGGCGGCGAAGGGGGCUGAUGUUUUGGAUUCCGACCUGCGGCGACUGGAGCCCGAGGUUCCUGCGCCAACAGGCCUCAUUGCCAUUGUCUUCACCGAUAUCAAGAACUCUACAAACCUAUGGGAGACGUAUCCGGCAGCCAUGCGGUCUGCUAUUAAACUGCACAACGACGUCAUGAGGCGACAGCUGCGGCGCAUAGGUGGCUACGAGGUCAAGACUGAAGGUGAUGCCUUCAUGGUGUCUUUCCCGACAGCAACAUCGGCGCUACUGUGGUGUUUCUCUGUGCAGAUGCAGCUUCUUGACAUUAAUUGGCCUCAAGAGAUGCUCAACUCAGUUUCUUGCCAGCCCCUCGUCGAUAAAGACAAUAACCUCAUUUUCCGAGGUCUUUCGGUGAGGAUGGGCACGCAUUGGGGCGAGCCGCUUUGCGAGGUCGACCCCAUCACUCGCCGCAUGGACUACUACGGACCCAUUGUCAACAAAGCCUCGCGUGUGUCUGCCUGCGCUGAUGGCGGUCAAAUCACAGUCUCGUCUGAUUUCAUCUCCGAGAUACAGAGAUGUCUGGAAACCUACCAAGAGCCCGUCAACAGUGUAGACGAUACAUUGGAGGAUGACAGCUUUGCACUAGCAGUGCGCAAAGAGCUACGGUCACUGAGCUCCCAGGGCUUUGAAGUAAAGGAGAUGGGCGAGAAGAAACUCAAGGGCCUCGAGAACCCGGAGGUUGUCUACUCGCUGUACCCACACGCCCUGGCCGGCCGUAUCGAGCAACACAUGCUCCACGAAAGGCAGACGUCUGGUGAUGUGGAGAAGCCCUUGCCAGCGACCGUGGCGCAGGGUGGCGAGCUUGCAUUCGACCCCGAAGUGAUCUGGGCACUGUGGCGGGUUAGUCUCCGGCUUGAGAUGCUCUGUAGCACACUCGAGGAGGGCUCGGACCGUGGUCUACAGCCACCCGAGACAGAGCUUCUGGACCGCAUGAAGCAAAGAGGUGGUGAGGUCACGGAGCGGUUCCUGGUCAACUUCAUGGAACACCAAGUAAGCCGCAUAGAGACGUGCAUCUCGACGUUGACCAUGCGCCACCUCGCCGCAGGUGGCGGACAGAUCUCGAAGCUCGAUGACCUGCGGGCUCCCAUGACCAACGUCCUGGACAUCAUUGCCGAAUCGAUGGCGGAGCUCCAGCGAUAUAAAGACCGGUUUGGCGAGCUCGACGAGAUGUCGGUGGUCGAAGACAUCUCGGGCAGUGACACGGAGCAGGAGUGA